AUGUCUCGUCGUACCGCUGUGAUCGAAGAAUUUGACGAUGACACUGACCUCCCGCUCCCAUCGCGUCCCCUCAAUACUGGGCCGCGUGGGCCCCUACUCGAAGAGAUAGGGCGUUCCGACGAAGAGGACAGUGAUUCUGAAUCAGACGACAUGUCUACACCAGGCCAAGCAUCACAAUCACAAGCCCCAUCUCACGCUCCAACCUCGUCUGGUCAAUCACAAGGUUCACCAUCCAAUACUGUCACUGACAUCACGCCUUAUAAGAAAUGGACGUGCAUCUACCCGAUCUAUAUUGACGCGAAACGGCCAUAUGGGACUGGUGAACGCCGGAUAGCGCGCGAAAAGAGCGUUUGGUGGCCUUUAAGCAAGGAUAUCGCCGAUGCAACCAGUCGGCUUGGAUUAGGAACAUUGCACGAAGUGCAGAAGUCGCAUCCCAGGGACUGGGAAAACCCUGGUCGUGUGCGCGUGCAAUGGAAGAAAGACGGGCGGUUGAUGAACCCCGCGAUCAAAACGAAGAAACAGCUGCUGGAGAUGAUAUCCUUCCAGAUCCAGCGGAUAAAACAAGAUAAUAUUCCCCGCCCACCGUACGUACUGACACCGCCUUCAGUUUCCACCGCUCCGCCAGCGAUCAAGCUUCCUACGUCUACGAAAGGCAAACAGAAGUCCAAAGCAGGUUCUGGUGUAGCCGUACAGCUGUCCAAGUCAAGCCAACAGCGCUUGCCCACACCUCCAGAACCUCUGCCAGCUCUGGCAAGCCGCGUAUCUCCUUAUUCACCAGCCAUACCCACGGGAAUGCUCAUCGAGACGGUUAAAGCUGGCAUGAGUGCACAGGAGUCGGGUGCAGGAGCUGCUCCUGGCCAGCCGGGAGUUCAAAAAGGUAAACGGAAGGUUGUCAGAGUUAGGGGGUGA